AUGUCUAAAAAUAUGAUUACUCCUGAUAAGAAGCAUUGGGGCAUUUGUCAAAUUAUCAAAAUUGCAGGCUCAAGUGAUUCCUAUGAUAGAGCAGUUGAAAAAUUAAAAGAUUUAGUGUCAUACAACUUAUCAGAAGUAUGUACUGAUAAAGAAGAAUUUUAUAAGUCCCAGAGAAAAUUAAGGGCUAAAAAAAAAAUAUUUUCCAGUGAAGAUGACCUUUCUGAUUCAGCAUCAACAUUUCACUCUAAAAUUACUAAAAUUAAAAAAAAAAAUGAUGGUAAAAAUAUUUGUACUUUUCCAACACCUCCAAAGAGCUCAAGUACAAACAUAUCUCAAAACUACAAAAUAAAAACAAUGACUACUUUGAGACCUUCUAAUUCAAAAAACCUAGGAAAUCAUGACAAGUCAUUGAAGUUUGAUUAUAAACAUGAUAAGCUGAACAUAAACACUGUCCAAAAGUCUAUAGGUAAUGAGAGCCCUUUACUUUUUGAAAGUGAUUCUGAUGCUACAAAUAUUUCAACGCCCCAGAAAAUACAAACUGUUAUUAAUGAAAAACCAGAGAUAAUUGGAGAAGGUAUUUCUGUUGAAAGUAGUUCAAAAACUUCAUGUUUUCCAUCUCAAAGUUAUGAUAGAGAACUGAUAAAUUCUGAAUACACAAGUCUAAGAGUACCAAAUAAUACAGAAUUGAUUGUUAAAGAAAUAUUAAAGGGACAAACAAUUAUUUUGCAAAAACUUGAUCAAAUUAUGGAAUCCCAAAUUAGCAUUACAAUGGAACAUACAAAUUCUUCAAACAAUAUACUAAGUACUGACAACUUGUUUUCUAAAAAAUUCAAAGAUAUGUUUCCGAUGACUAACAACAAUGAAAUAUUGAAAGUGGAAAACUCAUUAAAUGACCAUGAUUUCUACCAAUAUGUAGCACAACGAUUACAGUUUACUGGUGGUAUGUGUUUGCAACAAUUUGUGACACGUGUCAUGGAUACAUUAUUUUCUGGAUCAAUUUUUGUCGCAUUAAACUUCAGUGGUAGAAAAAAGAAACGAGGCGAUCCAGAAAAACUUGGCUUUUCCAAGCUUACGCUAUAUCGUUUAAUAUGUCAUGAUGUGUGUUUUAAGAAAUUUCCACAUACAAACCAAGACAAAAUUGACUUUCAUUUAAAAAGUUGGAUAAGGCAUUCAAAAGAAAGAUUUGAACGAGGUAUUAACACUGUGAUGCCCUGCAAUUCUUUCACAAAUGGAUAA